AUGACGGAAAGCGAGAAGUCGCAGACGGAGCCUCUUCUUGAAAAGAAGAAAGAGAAGAUGGAUUUUGAUCCAUCUACCAAGCGGAAUGUGCCUCAUAAGAUGGUAAACAACGCAUAUUUUGUCCACAAGGAAUGGCGAGAACGCCAGGAGCGUAUUCGUGCGAGGAAGCAAGCUCGUGCGGAAGGACGGCCUGUACCGGGGGGUGAAGACGAGGAUGAAGAACCGGAGUUCUCCUUCGUUGCAAACCUCAUACUUUCUGUCUCUUUUACGGCUUUCAUGGCCGUAAUUAUCGCACUCCUGGCGGGCCAGUUUAUCCAGGGCGACCCACUGUGGGGCUAUCGCGGCAAAUGGACGAAUUGGCACACGUAUAUUCCUUCUCCUCCGCAAACCUUCACCGCCGACUAUUUGACACAGUUUGAUGGCACAAACCCGGAUAAGCCUAUUUACCUUGCCAUCAAAGGCGACGUUUUUGACGUGUCUGCCGGCCGUAUUCACUAUGGCCCGGGAGGUCCAUACCAUAUGUUUGCAGGACGCGACGCUUCACGCGCCUACGUCACGGGCUGCUUCCAGACGCACUUGACGCAUGAUACGCGUGGCUUUACACCGAAGCAGAAACAAUCGCUGGAUCAAUGGCACAAGUUUUAUGACACACACCACAAGUACUACAAGGUUGGUACAUUGCAUUUGCCUCCCAUUGAUCCGUCCUCUUCUAUUCCUGAGCCAUGUGACAUGCCCGUAUCUCAGAAGCCUUAG